AUGACGGUUAAGCUAUACUACGGGGACAAUAGAGACACUGACUGCAGCUACAAGGUUCGUAGGGUCGAGGGCUUCCAGACUGGUGUCAAGCGACUGGACUUGUAUAAGGCCAAUUUCCUGGAAGAAAAAUGGGAACGCGUGGAGACGUUGCCCGAAGACACUGCCAUCUUCUUAGGCUCCCGUAGCGAUAAUGCCGUCUCUUAUAAAAUUCCAAGAAGACAAGACUUAGUUGUGGGAGGAGGAGGUGUUCGUGGGAACACGGUGUACUUUACACCACCAACGAAUGACGGGUAUCUUUACGCGUAUGACGUUGGAGACAGAAGUAUAAGCGUCUCUUUACCAUGUUCUAAAGCUAACAGACCUGAUUAUUCUGAACCGCAUUGGAUUAUUCCCCUUGGUUGCUCAUCUUCUACGGAUGAUCCUCAACCGGAAUUCGACAUCUCGCCUGAUGAGAUUGGCAGCGAGCAGAUUAUUCUCUCGACGGGCAACGACGAUAGCAGUACUGAUCAUGAUGGACGACAUUGGUCGUACGACAUUCCAAGUGAGCUUCUUUCCGAUGUACAAUCUCGCUUAUUUGGAGCCGAUCGUUGCUUUUUUCGUCUCGCUUGCAAAACGUGGAAUUCGAUAUUUUCCAGUGUUGUCUCUACAUCGUCAAACGUUCGAUUUGCGAGGAAUCAUUCUUUCCCAAUCCUCGUACAUAAAGGAUUGGAUGGGGAGGUAGUCAGCUUAUUCAACCCAAUCACCAGUGUAACUAGUAUCUUGUCUUUAGAGGCUUCGAGUCUGAGAGGCGCAGUCAUUCGCUGCUCCAAACACGGAUGGUUGCUUAUGUCACAAGGACUUGGGGGUGAUCAACAUCGACUAUUCUUUUUCAAUCCUUUUACCGAAGACAGGAUCAACCUUCCUAUGCUGUCGUAUGACCUUGAAGGGAUUACAUUCUCGUCGUCUUCGCCGACAUCCUUUGACUGCCUGGUUAUUUGCUACACUGCUUUGUGGCAGCAAGUGGUGAUAUCCUUUAUUUAUCGAGGGGAGCACCAGUGGACUCAAUAUGAGGUCAUGAGCGACAGUAGUAAUUUCAUGAGCCCUUUCAGUAAUCCAAUUUACCACAAAGGAUUGCUAUAUUUUAUGGGGAAGAACGCAGAUCUUUGCAUUCAUGACUUUGAACAAAAAACCACCAUUACGAUAGAGCUUCCUAAUAGAUCUUGUACGUCGGUACAAAGAAGCUAUCUGUUGGAGUGCAAUGGGAAGCUUUUGUCCGUGUUGAUGGGCCACAUGGGGAAAGUUCUCGAGGUAUAUGCACUCGAUCAAGAAGCCAUUACUUGGAAAGAACUGGAUAACCUCGAAGACAAUAUGCUGUUUGUGAGCGCUGCAUCUGCAUUAUCAGCAACAAACAGUGGAGAGAAGAUUUCUGGCUUGGGAAACAAGGUGUUUCUUGACAGGUUUAAGGACAAGGAUGGCGUGUUUUAUUCUCUGGCAACAAGAAAGUUCCAUACCUUUUGGAGCGGAUACAACAAUGAUGAUUGGUGCAACACCAAAGAAUAUAUCAAUUGUGCAUGGAUAGAACCAAGCUUCAAAACGCACACGAAAGAUGAGCUUCAAUGGUAA